CUUGGAGAUCCCAACGCAUGGGUCUCACGGAACGCAUAGCACCUUUUCUUCUCUUUGCUAUGUAAUUAGUUCGAGCAGGAACUCUAGGCUUCCAACCGCCCGGCCUAGCAAAUGGUGAGUUCUCAAGUAUAUAUAGAGGCCUCUCAUGCCUUCUACAUCUGCCAUCAACAUCGCAUUCAUUUUAUCUUCACCAAAUACGACCAACCCACUAUGAGAGUUCUAAAGGCGACAGCAUUGUUGGCUCUGGCCGCUUCUGUGCUUGGAUUUCCCCAAGGUGCUGACCCCGCCAACUUCCCAACUGCGAGCGCAGUGUCUGCACCCAUUGGAGAAUCUGCUCAAUUCGUUUCCUCCAACCCAACUGGCUUGUCUCAGUCUGUGGCCGCUGAGAUUUCUUCUUUAUAUCCACCCCAGGAACGCUCCAUAGCGUAUAGUCCUUGUGUCGAACUGCCUCAAGGCUCUGGCGAUACUCCCAAACCAGAUACUCCAGCGGUAUUCCAAUCCUAUUCUGUAUUUGCUCAGGUGGCACGGUCUGCUCCCAUACCCCCAGGCUACAGGCAGACCUUCGGGAAUCUCCAAGCUUCGUGCAAUGCUCAAGGAUACCUGGGCUAUGCUUCUAUGAGGAGCUAUAACCCAACGAUGUGUGCAGCCUUCUGUAACAAGACCCUUGGUUGCCAAUCCUUCAACAUCUACUACGAACGCGAUCCAACUCUCAAUCCAGGACCCGGCUGCCUUAAUCCUGCUAGCACCACUUUCAUCAAGUGCGUGCUCUGGGCCGGACAAGUCAACGCAGCAAAUGCAGUGAACACUGGUCAGUGGCGCGCCAACUUCCAAGUUGUCAUAGCCGGCAGCAAUGGCUACUGGACUGGGAAAUGAUUGGUAUAUGGCCAGUUAAAGUCUAUGGGAUUGAGAAUUCAACGGUGGGUAGUGAGGGUUUGUUUACGAGGAGUAAUCGGGAGAGGGAGGGGCUGCGAGAUCUUAAGGGGAUAUGGGUGGUGAAGGGUGAUGCUUUGGUUUUGGUCGUUGUUGGUUGGUAGUCGGCUUCCCUUCCUGGUGUGAUAUAGUUGGUAAUUCUGUCAAAACUGCUUCGACAUACGCUUCCCUCAGCCCAGACCAAACAAG